GUCAUAGUCAUGUCCCGUGGUGAUGGCAAGUGGGUCUGCGUAUCGGGAUCGGGUUGCGAGCGUCGGUCGCAUCGUCGUCCGGGUUGACGUGCCUGAGGGGCGGCUGCAGCCUGAAAAGAAAACAUUUCGGAGCACCAGCUCGGCCCAGUUUUCUUCGUCGCGAUCAACGUUUCCGCGAGUUCGCGUUCCCGUGCCUCAACCUGCAAGGAGUCCUGCAUUGCGUUUAUCUCUAUAUCAACCCGAGACGGGCAGGCAUCUGCAGAGAAAGAAAGAGAGUUGCGCUCGGCUCGUCCUCUGCACCACAUAGCUACACUCGUUUCUCACUGCAGCCAGACUACUUAUGUGGCUGACGUCGGCCAAUGCCUGAUGUGUACAUCUAUAAAAUACAUUCGAGAACGGAGUAAAAUUGAGCCCCAAACGCCUAGUUUCGGCGCUUACUUGAUUUCGAUUGUGUAAGAAAGUGCAUAAUUGCAGACUGCAGUGCUGCAUCAAGAGCAACGCACGUAUCUGUCUUUUUCUCAACUGCUAUCUCUGGAGUAACAUUAAGUUCGUCUCGUGUCUCGGCGCAGUGCACUUGUGGACUGUAUUUUCCUUGAUUCUCGAUUUGGAACGACAAGUUUCAGCUGCACAAGCACUCUCUACUCGUCAUUAAGUUGGUAAAGUUUUUUGUUUAUACUCUGUCAUUGUCAACACAUGUGCAUUGAAUGAUUGUAUAUAAAAACCCAAGUAAGGGCACAGAUACUAUUUAUCAAGGAACAAUAUUGCCACUUCAUACAUAUGGUUCAUUUUUUUAAGAUACCGACAAUGCAAUUAGUAGGAAAAAUUUUGGUCAAGCAUACUGCGUGACACAGAACAAAACAUUCAAGUAUGCAGAAGCAUACACAACAAUCCUGAUAUAGUUUACCCGUACCUGCAUCUGAUAUUAUCAUCAUGGCAGAAACCCAACGUAUGACUACCUAUGGAAGGUAUCCAUCAUGUGCAUACAGUUCUCGUCUUGAAGAAAGGAGAUCUAGAAGAGUUGCUAUGAUAAUAGACAGAAAUAGAAAAUCGGACAAACCAGAUGAUUUUGUAUGUUACGAAUCAAGUGAUGAUGAAGAAGAGCCUGCCAUGGAUGGAAAACAGUUCUUAAGAACGUCAUUCAGUUUUGUAGAUUAUGUUCGAUCUCGAGAAACUAAUACUAGAGAAAUUCGUAAGAUCAACCGAGAAUUCGGUUCCCGACACAUUCUCAGUCAUGACCUUUUUAAAGAAUAUUCAGUUAGUUUGAAUAAUAUGAACAAAGUAUUUUGUUCUCAAUGGCUCAGUGAUAGGCAAGUCGUUUUUGGUACUAAGUGUAAUAAAUUGAUGGUAUAUGAUGUUACGACGCAGAAGUUGGAUCAGAUCCCAUCACUUCAUGGAAGACAAAAUGCAUCUGCUGGAACUGGAAACAAUAUGGAAACACAAUUUGGUAUAUAUUCUGUUCAGAUAAAUCCUUCUAGAACACUUUUAGCUACUGGAGGUAGAAAUAGCACAGAAAUAGCAAUUUACAGAUUACCUACGCUAGAUCCUGUUUGUGUCGGAGAACAGGGACAUAGAGACUGGGUCUAUGACAUGUGUUGGUUGGAUGACGAAUUUUUAGUUUCAGGCUCAAAAGAUUCAAAAAUGGCUUUGUGGCAAAUAGAUAGCGAUUUGUCUGAAGCACCUGAUAAAGCUGACAUACCAUCACACAGAUUAAUACAACCAGUUUGUAUGAAAGAAUGUAGAUCGGCGCAAAAAGUACGAUCAUUACUAUUCAACAAAGCCUACAAAGAAAUUGCUGUUUUGUCAAUGAACAGUUUCAUACAUAUUUGGUCUGCUGAAACUUUUAAACAGAAAUUAUCCCGCAAGCUGCCUGCUUGCCAGGAUAAUGUUUGUUUAGCUGUACACGAUGAUGGAUUAUAUGCAGUUGGAUGCAGGUCAUACACUUUACUCUUGGAUGCCAGAACUUUGCAACCUAUCAAGAAAGUACCAUCAAGGUACAGCGGAUGUGGUAUAAGAUCAGCGAGUUUUCAAGGUUCGGUGUUAACAGUAGGAACAGGACUCGGAAUGCUCAUGUUCUAUGAUAUUAGAGCUCAAAAGUAUUUGGAAUCUUCAAUCAAUUCCAAUCGAACUGUCAUGCUGAAAGCUUCCAAGGGCUAUGUGUUUCCCGAUGAGGAGUACGUAGAUGGCCAAAACGUCAAAUACACACCUGCCAUUUAUACGCACUGUUAUGAUGCGUCGGGUACGCGUCUCUUUUGUGCUGGCGGACCACUUCCAACAAAUCUGUAUGGAAAUUAUGCAGGAUUAUGGCAAUGAGUAUGGAAAUUCUUUGGACACAUACAUAUAAUCUUAAUUAUAUCGGUCUUGAUAGCCGCAUUUGGCUACGUGCAUUUAAAAAAACAGUUGAUGUGUUUUCACACUGCACGAAACAAAGAUUUUUCAAUGACUGUAGGAAAUUCUUAAAAUUUGUAAGCAUAAUAACAUACAUGGUGUAGUGUAUUGAGUACAGACAGCCUAAUGUAUAAGAUAUAAGAAUAGGUUAAUUUUGUAAAGCGUUUGGUUGUUUGAAUUGUAUGCGACUUAAUACGAAAAAAAAGAUGUUUCACACGUUUUUAGAAAUUAUGACUUCUCAUAUAUUUGCUUUGUGGUUUUAGAGUCUUCAAACUUUACAAGGCAAACUUUUUUAAAUUGAGAUUUUUUAUUUAGUAAAUUGGCAUAUUAAGCGUGGUGAACAUUUACAACAACAUUUUUGGUAUAAAACAUUUAGUGGAUUUCGUCUAUUCACUUUCUUUUCAAUCACACUAUAAGAAAUAAGUUAUCAAUUUUUGUAUAAUUUAAUUUCUAAUUUCAUUUCUCAUUUUAUUCAAAUAAUUUUAGCAAUUUUAGCUACGUUGUAGUAUUUGCUAAGUUUAUUUUAUACAAAUAGAGAUUGUAAGGAUGUUUACAAAAUGUACUCUAACAUUAUUACCACCAGACUAUAACAUUUAACAUCAAAAUGAAUCAUACCACUGAGCCCAGUAUAAAAUUAUAGUUAAAUGAAUGCUAGGUAUUCUUUAUUUGCAUAAUAUGCAUAUUUAUACAUAUUACGUUUUACUAUCUAAAUGAUAUGUCGGUUCGUAUAACGACAUGUUUUUAUAGAAUGCAUGUGUGUUGAUGUAUACUUUUAGUGUAUCCGUGAUCGAAUCAACUAUUUACUAUAGGACUUUAAAAUCGACAUCUAUAAUAUUAUUUAAUGGAAAAAACAUUGAUCUCGCGCCAACUACUAAUAAGUUAAAUGUAUGAGUUUGUAAACAUAUAGAAAAAAAUUAGUUAAUGUUUAUCACGUGAGGAGAUAGCAAACAGCUCAAAUUUUUCAGUUCAAUAGUAAUAGUAUCUAAUACAUGGAGGAGAAUGUUCUGCAAUUUUGGCAGGAAUAUGUUGUAAUUAUUGCGGUAAUUUCCCGCGUGCUUUCUGCAGGCUGAACGCUGCUAUGUACCAUUAAUAUGGCGUAUUAUAGGAACAUCCGGCAGAAACUGCAGGAAUUUACUGUAAAAUCAAAUCGUGUCCCAACUGCCAAAUCAGCGGGCGUCAACUGAUCCAGCUAAAUAGCAUAACAUUUUUCUCCCACUGAUUUGGCAAAACUAACAGGAUAUGUAAACUGUGAUUGUGUAAAUGCGUUCGGUAGAGUGCAAUUGAGAGAUUUUUUUUAAUGUAUGCGUAUUAGCAUUAAGAAACUCAUUUUAUUACAUUAUUGCAAUCGUAGCCACCAAUCAUAUUCCUGAAACACAGGUUGACGAAGCAAGUUGCUUAUAUUGUAAACUCCAAGUGAUCGAAAAUCGUUCAUCCGUGUUAUUUAUUCCAGUGAAAGCAUGUACAAAUUAGAUCGUCACGUUAGUUUCUUCACAAAAAAGAAAUUUAUUGUAUAUAAUAUACAAGAUGAUCAUCAUGUUAAUUAUAAAUGUGUUCUUAUAAUUUCGUGUCACUUGGAGUAUUUGUUAUUUUAUUAAUUUUUUUGUUUGUUAAUAUGCAGAAAACUGGUUGAUUUGUACAUAUCUGGCAUUUUUUCAACAUCACAUUUUUGUUGAUU